AUGCUUGGCUAUCUGAUUCUUUCGCUGGUACUUUGCUUCCUGUACUGGCGGUACAGAGACGGGAAACAGAUAACAAAUGUAUUUGACAAGUACGUGUACAUCACAGGCUGUGACUCUGGCUUUGGAAAUCUUCUGGCCCAGCAUCUGGACCAGCAGGGAUUCCAUGUUCUGGCUGCCUGUUUUACCGAGAAGGGUGCUGAAGAACUGAAGAGCAGGACAUCAUCGAGACUCAAAACAUUUCAACUUGAUGUUACCAACUCUGAGAGCAUUGGGAAGGCAGCAGAAUUUGUAAAAUCAGAGGUAAAGGGAAAAGUUCUAAGUCUCUGGGGGCUGGUUAACUGUGCUGGCAUUUUUCAGCCCACUGCACUUAUUGACUGGCUUACGAUAAGUGAUUUCAAACCCGCGCUGAAUGUCAACCUGAUUGGACUUAUUGAGGUCACACUGAGUGUACUUCCGCUGAUAAAGAGGGCACGAGGCAGAAUAGUAAAUGUUGCAAGUAUAUUUGGAAGGGUCAGCCCUAUAAGUGGACCAUAUUGCAUCUCUAAAUUUGGUGUAGAAGCCUUCAACGACAUUUGCAGGAGAGAUAUCAAGUGUUUUGGAGUGAAAGUAGCUUGUAUUGAGCCAGGCAUUUUCAAAACACCCUUGACUGAUACAGACUGCCUACUGAAGCAAAUGUACAAGCUCUGGAGUAGAUUACCACCAGAGGUACGAGAAGACUAUGGGGUUGAUUACAUGGAUAAAGUCUCUGCAAAAUCACAGACCAAAAUGUUGGGGCAAUUAAACCCAGAUUUGAUGAAAGUGGUGUGGUGUCUGAAUCACGCUCUGAUUUCUCUGCAUCCUCGUACUCGGUACUCUGCUGGAACAGAUGCAAAGUGUUUUUGGAUUCCUCUCUCCUACAUGCCAACUGCUAUAUCUGAUUUUCUGAUCAGUUUAUAUAAAACCAAGCCAGCAAAAGCUCUCUUUUAGCAUCAUUUUGGGAUUGAGUAUGAUGAGGAGGAAAUAGUACUAGUGAUGCUACUGUAAAAUAUGAUGUGAUCCCUUUCUUGCUGUAUCAUAGAAAAUAAGCAAUGUUAUUCCUUUCUCUGGUGUCAGUCAGUAUAUUCACUUUCAAAACUAUCAAAGAUUUUGGAGAAUCGAACCACAAUUUGGAGCAAAUUUGAGGUGUAGAUUUUGAGGUGUUAUCAAUUAAAAGGCUUUUAUCACUGCUGAAGUUUCAAUGUUCUGGGCAAAAAUAAAAGGUCAUAAGUUGA